AUGUUUUGGCUUCAAAGACUAUUCUUGUACUGUCUUUGUAUGUGUAGUGUCUUUUACAGACUCGCAAGCAGCCAAGGUUUUAACAGUUUUCUGAACAAAGAUAUAGACGCUAACGAAACUUGUGGCAAUCCAGCAGAAAUCUACUUCAGGACCCAAGAAGGUGUUUUACAUCCAAGACUUAGAACCAUGCUCGUGUGCAAUGCAACAGAUCCAGAGAAAUCUCACCCCCCGAGAUAUAUGAUUGAUGAUGACUUGGUCACGUUCUGGCAGUCAAAAGCUAGCAUUGAUAGAGCGGAUAUACGUAUUGAUUUAAAUCAG